AUGACUUUCUGUGAUCGGGCACAACUUCCCGGACGAGCCCCCCGUUUUUCUUUCGACCUAGUUUUUCUCUUACCGGGACAUGCCGAUUCUAAAAAAAAAAAAGAUCGAUAGAGAUUAAACAUCCACUCACAAGGCAACAACAACAACAAAAAAGAAAAAAAGAGAGAGACUUCCUCACCCCUUGCGAGGGAUCUACACUUUCCUUCUCUCAUUCCGCUGAAAGAAGUGAGGAAACUGCUUGCUGCCUUUUGAUUUCCUCUCCUCGUCGCACCGGUUUCCUCUCCUUUGGCUCGGCCGCUAUUUGUGAUCUCUGCAUGAAAAGUCAAGCGGAAAGUCCUGCAGCAGCAUGCCGAGGAGAAAGCAGCAAGCACCGCGGCGGUCAGUAGCUUACGGACCUGAUGAUGAAUUUAAAGUGGAUAAGAUUGAUGAAGAGGAACAUCUGCAAGAUGAUGGCCUGUCCCUGGAUGGUCAAGAUGCAGACUACCUUCUUAAUGAUGAUGAGGACGCAGGAGAUACUUUUAGCUGCCAGAACUCUCCACUUAGCAAUGGCACUAACCCAGAUGCUGGAUAUGCAUCUCCACUCAGCACCACCAGCGAUCAAAUGGUGGACCAUAAAACCACGCCCUCCUUCAGUGAUCAGGACAAAAUGAAGGAGAAGUUAGGGGACAGCACAGAGUCCAUUAACGGCCUCUCGCUACAGGACAGUCUGGCACAAAUGAAAGCCGUCUAUGCAAACCUGAUCUCCGAUGCUUCUUGGUCCAGCAUUGCUCUGGAUAUGCUUAAAAGUAAACAAGGGAACAAUUUCACAGCUAGCAAUGGAAAUGGAAGUAAUCAUAAAGGGAGCAAUGGAUUUCUGAAAAGUCACAGUCCAGGCAACAUCAAUGUGAAGAGCAGAUGUAGCAACAGCAAUGCUUCAGCCACCACUAAUAUUAACACCAGCAGUACUACCACCAGAACAGUAUCAAGCAACAGCAACAGUGGCACCAGUGUCAGCUCUGGCAGCACGGGAGGAUUAGCCUAUGAUUGGCACCAGGCAGCAUUGGCCAAAACCAUGCAGCAUACCCCAUACCAGCUCCUUCCUGAGCCAAGCCUGUUCAGCACAGUGCAACUUUACAGGCAAAACAAUAAGCUCUAUGGCCCGGUGUUUACGGGUGCCAGCAAGUUCAGGUGCAAGGACUGCAGCGGAGCCUAUGACACUCUGGUUGGCCUGACGGUGCAUAUGAAUGAAACGGGUCACUACCGUGAUGACAAUAAGGAUAAUGAGGAUGAUCGAAGCAAGAAGUGGUCCAAGCCACGUAAACGUUCUCUGAUGGAGAUGGAGGGCAAAGAAGAUGCCCAGAAAGUUCUUAAAUGCAUGUACUGUGGCCACUCAUUUGAAUCUCUUCAAGACUUAAGUGUCCACAUGAUUAAAACAAAACACUAUCAGAAAGUGCCUCUCAAAGAACCAAUGCCAGCCCUUGCCUCAAAGCUGAUACCCCCAACCAAAAAAAGAACAUUUCAAGACAUGAUGAUAUCCCCAAGUUCACCAGAUUCUGUCACACCUGGUAUACUUAUAGGAGAGUCUCCCAAAGACCAAAAAGUGGCUAAUCCUUAUGUCACUCCAAACAAUCGAUAUGGUUACCAAAAUGGUGCCAGUUAUACCUGGCAGUUUGAGGCACGAAAGGCACAAAUUCUCAAAUGUAUGGAAUGUGGAAGUUCACAUGACACCUUGCAACAACUCACAGCCCAUAUGAUGGUCACAGGACACUUUCUCAAAGUAACGCAUUCAGCCUCUAAAAAGGGUAAGCAGUUAGUUUUUGAUCCUGUGGUUGAGGAGAAAUUUCAGUCAAUUCCUCUGCCACCGACGACCACACGACUUCCAGCACCAAAUGAGAAGUCACAGCCUGAGUCCCCGUUGCAGCCUCCUAGCCCCGAGGAGGAAAGUGAAGAUCAUAAAGAUAAAGUGGCAGAGGACGAUGACAUGGAAGCUAGGGAGCCAGUGAAAAAAAUCAAGGAAGAGAAAGAAGAUCUUUCAGAAAAAGCUGGAAAAACUGGAAAGACCAGAUCUUACCAAUAUCUGAGAGAAGAAGACUUGGAAGAGGCGCCAAAAGGAGGCUUGGACAUCCUUAAGUCUCUAGAGAAUACAGUGUCAAGUGCAAUCAGCAAGGCCCAAACUGGCACACCAACCUGGGGUGGAUACCCCAGCAUUCAUGCCGCCUAUCAGCUCCAUGGAUCUAUAAAGUCAACCUUUCCUUCCUGUACACAGGUUCAACCUUUGUUCAGCAGCAACAGUUUGAAGGUAUUGUCCUCUGACAUUGGCACUCUGAUUCAUUCACCAAACAGCCCUUCUCCACCUCCAAGUCAUAAGAGUAACGUGCUGGCAAUGGAGGAGCUGGUUGAGAAAGUGACAGGAAAAACUUCAAUAAAAAAUGAAAAAGAAGAAAAUAUUGUAGACAGUAAGCGCAGGUCUGCGAAGUCUCCAUUGCCAAAUACUAAAGACAAACAGGUUUCACCCAAGUCAGAUACUGUCUUAAAGGCAGUGAACAUUACUGCAGUAGAGGACCAGAUUGUGUCCAAAAGCAAAGGAGAGCAGACAGAGACUAAAUCAGAGGCACAGAUAAAGAGUGAAGUAAAUUCCCCAAAAAGGCCUGUAAGCAAUGGCUGCAACAACCUGAGUAUUAUCACAGAUCACUUGCCUGAACAACCUCUUGUCAAUCCUCUCAGUGCUUUGCAGUCUAUCAUGAACAACCACUUGGGGAAAGCUGCAAAAGUGGCAACACCCUUCACAGACCCAUUUGCAAUGCUGUAUAAGAUCAACAACAACUCUGCUCAGAUGAAGACAGCAGAGCCUGUAAGUCAGUACCACGACGAUGAUGAUGAUGAUAAUCAGCCAAUGGACUUGACCAAAUCCAGAAACACCAAUGGAUGUAAACUUAAAGGUACCUCAACACCAAGCAGCAAUGGCAGUGUGAACAAUAACAAACCAGCCUUCAAAAACUUCUCCCAGUCUUCAUCUUCUCCUCUGCGGGAGAAUGCUUUGAUGGAUAUUUCAGAUAUGGUCAAAAAUCUGACAGGCCACCUGACACCAAAGUCUACGACCCCGUCUUCUGUAUCUGAAAAAUCAGACAUCGACGGCUUUGCUUUUGAGGACAGUUUGGAGGAGUUAUCACCCAUCCAGAGACGGAAAGGCAGACAGUCCAACUGGAACCCUCAGCACCUCCUGAUUCUUCAGGCUCAGUUUGCCUCUAGUCUAAGGGAAACUCCUGAGGGUAAGCUUGUGAUUACUGACUUGGGGCCCCAAGAACGGGUCCACAUCUGUAAAUUUACUGGACUCUCUAUGACCACUAUCUCUCAUUGGCUGGCCAAUGUAAAAUAUCAGUUAAAGCGGACAGGGAGCACAAAGUUCCUGAAAAACCUUGACUCUGGCCAACCAUUGUUUUUGUGCAGUGACUGUGCUUCCCAGUUUAGGACUCCCUCCUCCUACAUUCACCAUUUGGAGACCCAUCUUGGGUUUACCUUGAAGGACCUCUCUAAGCUUUCAAUAGAUUUGUUAGAGCAGCAAGCAGUCAGCAGAAUAGAGGACAAGACGUUCACUUUCUCUGGACUUUCUGAAGAAGAUACUGGCUCAAUAUAUCAGUGCAAACUGUGCAAUCGGACGUUUCUGAGCAAACAUGCAAUCAAAUUGCACCUUUGCAAGACACAUGGAAAGUCACCAGAAGACCAUCUUAUCUUUGUGAAAGAGGUGGAAAAGAUUGACAAAAAAUGAAGUUAAAGCUGAUAGCAUGACAGUUUACUGUUGCACUAUAAGCUACAAUCUGUCAUAACAGGUAGUGCCACGACUCUAUAGGGUAUUGUUGUGUCACAUGUUGUAAUGAAAACAUGGUAGCUUUAAUACCACAUACUGUAAUAAUUGAGUUAUCCACAACUGACAGGACUGCAUUGCUGAGGCUUAAAGCUAUGUUGUAAAAGUUAACUUUUGGUAACACAAACUUACCAAAUAAGCUCAGCAGCCAUGGCACUAUGUAGUCACUGACUGAUUGUUGCUUUUCUAAUGCACUGCAUCUUAUCUGAGCCUUUGGGAAAUGUCCGUCCAUUGUGUUAAAACUGGACCAUGCUCCUAUUUUGAUCACUGUUUUUGAAUGGUUUUGUUAAGAUAAAAAAGAUUUCAACACAACCUGCAUAUUAUUUAUAAGACAGUUUGUGCAUGUUUUUUUUUUUAAUGAAAAAAAGGAAAGCAUAUUAUGUCUCGUAAAUUUCAACCAUGAUGUGAAAAACGGAUAUCCCUGUCGAUAUCUAUUGGUGUUUAUAUGAAGGUAUAUGGAUAAAAGUAAAAAAAAAAAAUGGGAUGGUUUCGCACUUUAAAGAAGUGUACAUUGAUGAAGAAAUGUAAUGGUAAGAUUGACAACAACCCCUUUGAGUCUUAAUUCCCUUGAUCGACAUGGAAACGUUGAGUACUAACAAUGAUAUUGUUUUAUAUUUGAAAUUAAAUCACAUACAAUCUUAAAAAUGGUUAACAUAUGUGUUUCUCUAGUAAAUAUUAUUUCCUGGUUGUGUCCACAUGUACAGUAUUUGCAUUUGUAGGCUACCAAUUUUAUUAUUGUGAAACUACAGUUGUAAAAUUAAUGAAGUUUAAAACUUAUUGUAUGAAUAAUGGCAAGUAUGUAUCAUGUAUGUCAGCAUAUCUUGCUCUAUACAGUUCAACAUAAUUUGUACUGUGUGCAUUUUUAUAAUGUUAUUUUCUAGACAAAUAUGGAGAAAUGUAUACAACUGCAGAAUUCUGUUGGACCACAUUGUCCUUUUUCAGUGAGAAGUAGGUCCUUCAAUGUGCUUUACAUAAAAUGACAGAACUUUACUGGCAUCUUCUCCGAUGCAUGGUACUGUAUAUAACAUUUAAAAAACAAUAAUUCUCACAAAAAAAUAGAUAUCCAGGUUUUAUCAUUCACUCAGUUAUUCAGAAUGACGUUCUUUUAUCCUCAGUUGUAAAAUAAACUCAUUGUCCUGGA